AUGGGUGAUGUCCACUACUUUCUUGGCAUUCAAGUUCACCACACUAAUGAAGGGUUGUUCUUAAACCAAUCAAAGUAUGCUAAGGAUCUGUUAUUGGCUGCGGGAAUGCAGGAUUGUGCCCCUAUACCUACUCCGCCACCUAUUAAACUACAUCCGCUGCAAGGAGAAGAUGAGUUGUUUCCCGAGCCUAGCUACUUCCGCAGUCUGGCCGGUAAGCUUCAAUAUCUCACUUUGACUCGUCCAGAUUUACAGUUUUCAGUGAACUAUAUAUGCCCGAAGAUGCACAUGCCGAGUGUCUCAGACUUUCAGCUCCUGAAACGAAUUUUGCGAUAUGUUAAAGGCACAGUUGAGACGGGCAUUAACAUCAACAAGGCUGCACAUUCAACUCUGGUCUGCUAUAGUGACAGUGAUUGGGCUGGAUGUCAAAGCACUCGAAGAUCUACUGGUGGUUUCUGCACAUUCCUUGGUUCAAAUAUCAUAUCUUGGUCGGCCAAAAGACAUGAAACUCUCUCAAAGUCCUCCACUUAA